AAAUUCCAGCUCAGUCCAGGUACACGUACGACCUCCCAAAUCGAAGCAGCCCCCCGACGCCGACGAGGCCGCCGCCCCGAAACCCUAGCCCGCCCGCCACGAUGAGAUCGCUCCGCGCGGCGCACUCCCUCGCCUCCCGCUCGCUCCUCCUCUCCGCGCGCGCUCCACGGCGCCACCGCCUCCCCCGCCGCCUCGGCCGCGGCCGCGGGCGGCGGCCGCUGGGGGAACAACCCCCCGCCUCCGUCGCCGUCGUCGCGGGCGCUGCAGGGCGGGAUCGCCGGCGCGGUAUCCUUCUCCCUGACCUUCGCCACCAUGGCGGCCGCCGAGGUGCAGGCCAAGGAGCGGCUGCCCGCGGAUCUGCUGCCGCACAACGUCGUGCUCUACCAGUACCAGGCCUGCCCCUUCUGCAACAAGAUGCUCGGAGAUGAGAUUGGGAAGGGGGCGUACGGGCGCGUCUACAAGGGGCUCGACCUGGAGAACGGCGACUUCGUGGCCAUCAAGCAGGUCUCGCUCGAGAACAUCCCGCAGGAGGAUCUCAACAUCAUCAUGCAUGUUGACGAGGAUGAUCCAGUCCCAAUUGGCUCACCAGGAGAUACACAAUCGGUCGUGGCUUCUGACAUUGAACAGCUUUGGGCCAUACUUUCCCCGGAGGGGCAGCGAGAUGCCAUGGCUUCUGGAUGCAUACGGCUCCUGAUGGUCGCUCAGGAUAUCUUGUGCCAGGCUGAUUGGCGACAUACUAGAAGACUAUGGGUCUGUUUGUUUGGGCUGCAGCUUUUGAGAAGCAGCUGUAGCUGUUGCAGCUGUAAGAAGCAGCUGUGAGAAGCAGCUGUGAGAAGCAGAGAUUUGUUGUUUGGCAGGAGAGCUUUUUGUGACUGCUGUUGUUGGUUGUAGGAAUGAAAUGUCUGAAAUGCCCUGAGUGCUGAAGAUAUUGUAUAAAUACUGAUUUGCCUCCAUUUACCCAUUCUGCGGCAAAAUA